AUGAACAUACUGAAUGAGCUCCAACAGGGCAAUGGAAGCCUCAGUGGCUCUGGUUUGGGUAGCGUCCAGGAUUCAGUUCAUUCCUUGAAGAUAAAGCAAGAGCCGUUUCAACUUACGCCUACGUCCUCACUGCCGCCAAUGCAUCAAGUUGGCAAUUUUGUCACGGAUCCAAUGAACAGUACGUGCAUGACGACGAGCCCCAAAGAUCUCAACGUCUCCGUCGGGAGCUUGUCACGUGACUCUUCGGUCGUCGUCACCUCGAGUCUUCACGAUCAUCUACCCUUACACCACAGCCCGGACUCCGUUGUCUCCGUACCGUCGAGCAGUAACGUUCCUCUGGGCUCCUCUCAGCAACAUCAUAAUCGUUCGCUGUCGGGUGCGACGAAGCGAAAGGCCGAGUCGCCGCUCGAGUCGGCAGUCCUGGAGGCUUCGACGAGCAAUGCCGAGGCAGAGGACGGCGGUGCCGGCAGCGGACCGGACAACGGGAGCUGCAAGCGCGCUCGGACGAUCCGCGUGCCGUCGGGUGAUGCGAGUACGACGACAGGCGGGAGCAAUGGGGCCGUGACGGCAACCACGGGGGGUGGUACACAGGGGGAGACCGGCGCUGGGGGCAAUCCAAGCGACACCAAGCCGCCCUACAGCUACGUCGCCCUCAUCACCAUGGCCAUACAAAAUAGCAAGCUCAAAAGGCUUACCCUCAGCGAGAUCUACGCCUUCAUCCAGACCAACUUCCCCUUCUUCGAGAAAAAUAAGAAGGGUUGGCAGAACUCCAUCAGGCAUAAUCUCAGUCUCAACGAGUGCUUCGUCAAAGUGCCCAGGGAGGGUGGCGGCGAACGCAAAGGCAACUAUUGGACCAUUCAUCCGGAGGCCGGCGACAUGUUCGAGCACGGCAAUUGGCGACGGCGCAAGCGCAUGAAGCGCCAUUACCCUAACGCGCCCUACCCCAAGGGCUUGUUCGGCGAUCACUUCCAGUCGGCACACGUGCACCUCGGCGCCUCGAGGACCAUCUUCACCCACUCUCCGCCUGCCUACUCCACCACGGCCUACCCACGUUACGACACAAGUGCCUGGAGCUUACAGCAACAGCCACUGUCAUCGUCUCAUUACAGCUCGUUACAGCUGCCGCAACAAUUACCGAUGCAGUCGAUGCAGAUCCCGACAAUGAACGGCUACAGUCAGAUCAGUUCAUCUUUAGCCUUUCAAGGCAAUUAUCUGGAUGUUCCAGGAAGCACGAGCGGCUCCACGGCUUCGAUGAGCAGUAACUCGUUCGCGGGUGGGUUCGCUACUUGCGCCAGGAGGCACGAUGCCGCUUCCAUGUCCGUUACCGAAGCCGUCUCCAGGUGCUCAUAUUGGCCGGAUAUGGUGAAGGAGGACCCGGGUAACACACCCGUUUCACCAAGCAGUGUCAGCACCGUUGGCGUCGCCUCCAACAUGUACAGCUCGACGACGCCGUCGAGCGUCUCCUCCAUCGCCUACUCGCCCGUCGACUUUCAGACGCGCUCCAAGUGCUACAUGUGA